CAUAGUUGUAAUUUUAAUUUCCUUUGAGCUCUGAGUUAUAUUCACACUGAAAAUUAAACAACAUGAAGCAAAAGAUUGUGAUGAAGGUGCAAAUGAAGUGCGACAAGUGUAGGGCUAAAGCACUCACCGUUGCUUCAGGAACAAACGGUGUGGAUUUUGUGGGAAUAGAAGGGAAAGAAAAAGAUGAAGUGGUGGUGAUUGGGGAUAAUGUGGAUGCAGCCAAAUUAACAGGCUCUAUGAGGAAAAAAGUUGGACACACUGAUCUUAUCAUGGUUGCUGAGCUUAAACCCAAAUAAAAAUCAUAUACAUAUAUACAUGGCAAAUUAAAAAUAAUAAUAAUAAUAAUAAUGCUCGGGGUUAGUUUAUUACAUUGAUUCCAUUUGUACAUAAUAAGUUCUUUAGUUAAUUAUA